AUGUACAAUGCAUCCAUCGCGUACUGUAGUCACGUUCCGGUGACUGAGACCGAGGCUCUGUCCACGUCGCUGAUGGGCAUCUUUGAGAAGAGACGGUUUGUAAAGUUUUUGUCCUGGGCCGUCCAGUACAAAGAAGAGGACAAAAAGACCUGGCAGGGCCUCGACCCACACCGCCAUACCAUGCAAGCCGUGUUCGACCAUUUUGGACUGGACAACAACACCGCCGAUUUCACAGGCCAUUCCAUCUGUCUGUACCGUGACGAUGACUACAAGAAGAAGUCCUUCCGCGAUGCUGUAGAGAAGAUCAAGCUAUACCAGUCCUCUCUGGCCCGCUACGGCAAGUCCCCUUAUAUCUACCCCCUAUACGGUCUAGGCGAGAUGCCCCAGGGGUUCGCACGUCUGUCGGCCGUGUAUGGGGGUACCUACAUGUUGGACACACCUGUGGACGAAAUUGUUAUGGAGGAGGGCAAGGUUGUGGGCGUCAAAUCCGGCGACAAUGUCAUCAAGACGAAGAUGGUCAUAGGGGACCCUUCAUACUUCAGUGGCCGUGUUAAGAAGACCGGUCAAGUGGCCCGGUGCAUCUGCAUCCUGAAUCACCCCAUCAAUAACACCAACAACUCGGAGAGUUGCCAAAUGAUCAUUCCUGCCAACCAAUGCAAUCCCCCCCCGUCGUAA